AUGAGACGCUUCACAUUCCCCUGUCUCUUCCGCCACCGAAUCUCAAUCAUUUCCGGCACCGGCUACUCUCCUACCGCCGCACGUCUUUCUUCUUUAUCCCUAACCUCCACCACCGAGUCAGAGCCACCACCGAUAACGUCUGCUAUUUUGCUCGACUCAGUAAGAUCUUCUCAGUGGCAUAUCGUCGAACAGCUUUCAAACAAGCUCACACCUUCCCUUAUCUCAACAACUCUACUCAGCCUCGUCAAGACUCCACAUUUAGCUCUCAAUUUCGUCAACCAAAUCGAUCUCCGUCGCCUAGACUUUCAAACUCAGUGCAUAGCCAUCGCUGUUGUCUCUAAGCUCUCUUCUCCAAAACCCACUAUUCAGUUGCUGAAACAAGUCGUUCGCAGUAGUAAUAGCGUUAAAGACGUUUUCGAUGAGCUAGUGCUUGCUCGUGAUCGAUUAGAGACUAAAAGCACGACCCUUUUCGAUUCCUUGGUCAGAUGUUGCUGUGAAUCGAAGCUGGUGGACGAAGCUGUAGAGUGCUUUUACUUGAUGAAGGAGAAAGGUUUUGAUCCCAAAACCGAAACUUGUAAUUGUAUUCUGAGUUUGCUAUCGAAUUUGAAUCGAACAGAGAGUGCUUGGGUCUUCUAUGCUGAUAUGUUUAGGAUGGAGAUAAAGUCGAAUCUACACACUUACAACGUCAUGAUCAACGUCUUGUGCAAAGAAGGGAAGUUGAAAAGAGCCAAGGAAAUGUUAGGAAUCAUGGAGAGUUUUGGAAUCAGGCCUAACGUUGUGACUUACAACACUCUUGCUCAAGGGUAUUCGUUGAAAGGACGAGUCGAUGGAGCUCGUAUGGUCAUCAACGAGAUGAAAGCUAAAGGCUUUCAACCAGAUUUGCAGACGUACAAUCCGAUUCUUUCUUGGAUGUGUAGUGAAGGAAGAGCCUCUGAGGUGUUGAGAGAGAUGAAGGAGAUGGGUUUGGUUCUUGACUCUGUUUCUUACAAUAUCUUGAUCCGUGGUUGUAGCAAGAUAGGAGAUUUAGAGACAGCUUUUGCUUACAGGGAUGAGAUGAUGAGAGAAGGUUUUAAACCAACGUUUUACACUUACAAUGCUUUGAUUCAUGGUUUGUUUAUGGAGAACAAGAUUGAAGCUGCUGAGAUGUUGAUAAAGGAGAUUAGAGAGAAAGGUAUUGCCUUUGAUGCUGUUUCUUACAACAUAGUUAUAAAUGGGUAUUGUCAUCAUGGAGAUGAAAAGAAAGCAUUUGCCUUGCACGAAGAAAUGGUGAGCGAUGGGAUUGAGCCGACGCAGUUUACUUAUGCAUCGCUUGUUUACGUCCUGUGUAGAAGGAAGAAGAUAAAGGAAGCAGAUGAGUUGUUUGAGAGAGUUGUAGGAAAUGGAAUGAUGAAGCCUGAUAUUGUGAUGAUGAAUGCAUUGAUGGAUGGCCAUUGUAGUAGUGGUAACAUGGACCGUGCGUUUUCGAUUCUCAAGGAGAUGGAUGAGAUGAGAAUCGAUCCUGAUGAUGUGACGUACAAUUGCUUGAUGAGAGGGCUAUGUGGAGAAGGGAAAUUUGAAGAGGCUCGUGAGGUGAUGUGUGAGAUGAAGAGAAGAGGGAUUAAACCUGACCAUAUUAGUUACAAGACUUUGAUAAGUGGGUAUAGUAGUAAGAAAGGGGAUAGUGCAAAGCAGGUGGUUCGGGAUGAGAUGUUGAGCCUCGGGUUUGAUCCUACUCUUCUCACCUACAAUGCUCUGUUGAAAGGUUUGAGUCAAAACCAGGACGGUAAGCUCGCGGAAGAACUGCUAAUGGAAAUGAAAAGCGACUCUAGUUUGGAAGAGGAGGUUGCAGAAAAGUCUGAUACUUGA